AUGCGCAGUUAGUAAGAUGAGGGGACUCAGGUGAGCGGGGGCUGCGGCAGGAAUACCGCGCGUGCGCAGGCCCGGGAUCGCGUUUGCUUUCGCGGUCCUGCGAUGAUUCCGGUUCCCCCAGAACAUUGGGGGCGGGAGGCCAUUCCUGAGGUCAGGUUCUGAGCAGUAGAGCUGCUAUGAGCACCUCGGGUCUGCUCCGAUUUCCCACCUACCUGGCCAGGAUAUGCACGGUGCCAAGGGGGCUCAGGCUCUGCCAAAAGCCGGAGCUCCUAUCCCCGGGAACAGCGGGUGCUCCAGUGCAGGCAGCGGGCAAGAAGGACCGCCCUGCUCUGCUCUCCCUGGACGAGCGUGAACUUGAAGAGCAGUUUGUAAAAGGACAUGGUCCAGGGGGCCAGGCAACCAACAAAACAAGCAACUGCGUGGUGCUGAGGCACAUCCCCUCGGGCAUCGUGGUCAAGUGUCACCAGACAAGAUCCGUUGACCAAAACAGAAAGCUAGCUCGGAGAAUCCUGCAAGAGAAAAUGGAUGUUUUCUACAAUGGUGAAAACAGUCCUGUUUACAAAGAAAAACGAGAGGCAGAGAAGAGAAAGCAAGAGAGGAAAAAAAGAGCAAAGGAAACACUAGAGAAAAAGAAACUCCUGAAAGAACAAUGGGAAUCAAGUAAAAAUGUGCCCAGAGAAAGGACCGUGAGUUCUGACUGGAAGAACGUGCCAGACGCUUCCAGGGAUGGCAGGGUGAGCCCCCACCACCAGCGCUGUGACAGCGCCUCUGAAGGAGACCGUGUGACAGACUCCAGGGACAGCAAGGUUUCUCAGUAACAGAUGAACUAUAGAGAGAUGCAUACUUUGAGAAUAAAACUAUAAAGAGAGGAGUUUCCAUCAUCGUUCAGCAGAAAUGAAUCUGACUAGCAUCCAUGAGGACACAGGUUCAAUCCCUGGCCUCACUUAAUGGGUUAAGGAUCCGGCGUUGCGGGAGCUGUAGUGUAGGUCACAGAUGUGGCUUGGAUCUGGCAUGGCCAUGGCUGACAGCUGCAGCUCUGAUUCAGCCCCUGUCCUGGGAACCUCCAUAUGCCUCGGGUGUGACCCAGAGGGAGGAAAAAAAAAAACCUAUUAAGACACACCAGGAGGUCAUUGCUCUAGAUGGACAGCAAACUUCUUGAGGGAGGAAAGGUGGUGGUUGUGAAGCAGGGUUAGGAAGAGCUUCUGGGCAGCUGAAGAGUUCUAUUUCUUGACCUGGGCAGUAGUGAGAAGGAUGUCACCUUUUAAGCUACACAUUUGUGUGACUGUCUUUUUUAUUAUCAAAAGUAAGAAAUGAAAAAAUUUUUUAAAAAGCGUUAAUAAGGGAAUUUUUGGUGUUCCAGUCAUGGCUUAGCCUCAUUAAGAACCUAACAUACUGUCUGCAAGGAUGCAGGUUCAAUCACUGGCCUCACUCAUUGGAUUAAGGAUCAGCAUUGCCUCAAGUUGCAGUGUAGAUCCCAGAUGCAGCUCGGAUCUUGUGUUGCUGUGGCCGUGGCAUAGGCCUGCAGCUGCAGCUCCAAUUUGACUCCUGGCCUGGGAACUUUCAUAUGCUACACAUGCAACCAUAAAAAGGGGGCAAAAAAGGAAAUUUUUUGGCAGGGGUGGCUAUGCUUGUGGCAUUGCUGAAGUUCCCAGGGCAAAAUCAAACCCACUCCACAGCAGUGACCUAAGCCUCUACAGUGACAAUGCCAAAUCCUUAACCUGCUCUGACACCAGGGAAAUACUGAUAAGGGAUUUUUUAAUGUAAAAAUGUAGAACUGGUCAAACAUUAAUAGCAUUUAGUGCCCCUUUGUCAUCUCCUGGGAGGUUAAGGCUCAGUGAUAUAUAGGUGUCAGUUGCCUUAAUGUCAGGUUAAGAGAACAAAAGAAAACAAGAUGCUGAAAGAUUUACGAGUUAGUAAGUUACUUGCCCCUCUCCCCAACUAGCUUAACACACUGUUGACCGGUAACCUCUGAUGUAGAAAUACACAUAUCAUGCUCAGAUGCCAAUUUACAAGUAGUAGGUUUAUAAGAGAUAAGGUUUCAGAAACCUCAUUUGUUUGUGAAUUUGCUUGAUACUAUCCCUCAAGCUGGAUGUGACCUUACAAAUUGUUUAGAAGUUUUUAGGCAUGGUUAGUAGCUUGGUUUGUUAGAACACACUUGGAGUUUACGCAUAAGACCAGUAAGGAGGAGUUUCCUGGUGGUGCAGGGGCUUAAGGAUCCAGCGUUGUCACUGCUGUGGUGCAGGUUAGAUCCCUGGCCGGGGAACUCCCAUGUGCCCUGGGCACAGCCAAAAAGAAAAAAAUAA